AUGGCAAGAACCAAGCAGACCGCUCGCAAAUCCACUGGCGGCAAAGCCCCCAGAAAGCAGCUGGCCACCAAGGCCGCUCGUAAGAGCGCCCCGGCCACCGGAGGCGUCAAGAAGCCUCACCGUUACAGGCCCGGCACCGUGGCUCUGCGCGAGAUCCGCCGUUACCAGAAAUCCACCGAGCUGCUCAUUCGCAAGCUGCCUUUCCAGCGCCUGGUCCGCGAGAUCGCUCAGGACUUCAAGACCGACCUGCGCUUCCAGAGCUCCGCUGUCAUGGCUCUGCAGGAGGCCAGCGAGGCUUACCUGGUCGGACUCUUCGAGGACACCAACCUGUGCGCCAUCCACGCAAUGAGUGGAAGGGGUAAGGGAGGUAAAGGACUCGGCAAAGGAGGUGCAAAGCGUCACCGUAAGGUGCUUCGUGAUAACAUCCAGGGCAUCACUAAGCCAGCUAUCCGCCGCCUGGCUCGCCGUGGUGGUGUGAAGCGUAUUUCUGGUCUGAUCUACGAGGAGACCCGUGGCGUGUUGAAGGUGUUUCUGGAGAACGUCAUCCGCGACGCCGUCACCUACACCGAGCACGCCAAGAGAAAGACCGUCACCGCCAUGGAUGUGGUAUACGCUCUCAAGAGACAGGGCCGCACUCUGUACGGCUUUGGUGGUUAA